AUGGUAUCUAUUGUCGAAUCUGUACAUCAUAUUAAUCAACAAAACGAUCAAUCGGCGUAUAAUAGUCAAAAAGAUUUCUUAUUUCUUGAUUCUAAUAACACCUCUUGGGCCGAUGCCCUUCCUCCAAAACAAGGUCUUUAUGAUCCCGAUUAUGAAAAAGAUUCUUGUGGUGUCGGUUUCAUCGUUCACAUCAGAGGCGCUCCCUCUCAUAAAAUCCUUAGUGAUGCCAGAGAUGUUCUCUGUAACAUGACUCAUAGAGGCGCUGUAGGUUCUGAUGCUAGAGAUGGUGAUGGCGCUGGUGUCAUGACUGGAAUUCCCCACGAGUUUUUCCAUCAGGAAACUACUAGAUUGGGUAUCCAUUUACCUCCUCAAGGUCAAUACGCUGUUGGUAACGUGUUCUUUAAACCUGAACAUGCUGUUACCGAAGAAUGUAAACUGAUUUUUGAACAAACCGCAAAAAGUUUAAACUUAAAAGUUUUGGGUUGGCGUGAAGUCCCAAAAAAUGAUUCUAUUCUCGGUCCCGCUGCAAAAUCUCGUGAACCGAUCAUUUUACAACCUUUCGUUACCUUGGCGAGUUAUGAUUCUAAUACUUCUUCAAAUAAUCUUUUAAAUGAUAUUAAAUUUGAAGAAGCUUAUUUUUCUCGUCAACUUUAUCUUCUUCGCAAGCAAACUACCCAUAUUAUUACUGUCAAAAAAUGGUUUUACAUUUGUUCCCUUUCUAACAAAAAUAUUAUUUAUAAGGGUCAAUUGGCUCCCGUUCAAGUCUACAAUUAUUUUCACGAUUUGAAUAAUGUAGCUUAUAAAACCCAUUUUGCUUUGGUUCAUUCUCGUUUCUCUACAAAUACUUUUCCUUCUUGGGAUCGUGCUCAACCUAUGCGUUGGUGUGCUCAUAAUGGUGAAAUAAAUACUUUGAGAGGAAACAAAAAUUGGAUGCGUGCUCGUGAAGGAAUCAUGAAAUCCAAUUACUUUGGUCAAGACCUCGAUUUAUUAUAUCCAAUUAUAGAAGAAGGUGGUUCCGAUUCAGCUGCCUUUGAUAAUGUACUUGAAUUACUCGUCAUUAAUGGUGUAGUUACUCUUCCUGAAGCUGUUAUGAUGAUGAUUCCUGAGGCUUGGCAAAAUAAUUUUGCUAUGGAGCCUGAAAAACGUGCUUUCUACCAAUGGGCUGCUUGUCUUAUGGAACCUUGGGAUGGCCCUGCUUUAUUUACCUUCUCUGAUGGUCGUUAUUGUGGUGCUAGUUUGGACCGUAAUGGUCUUCGUCCUUGUCGUUUUUAUAUUACCACUGAUGACUUAAUGAUUUGUGCUUCUGAAGUUGGUACUAUUAGUAUUGAACCUGAACGUAUUGUUAAAAAAGGUCGUUUACAACCUGGAAAAAUGUUAUUAGUUGAUACUGAAGAAGGUCGUGUUGUAGAUGAUAAAGAAUUAAAAAUAUCCGUAGCUUCUAAAGCAAAUUUCCGUUCUUGGAUAGAUAAAUAUAUGAUUACUCUUGAUCAUGUAAUUGAUAAAAUAAAAUAUACUGGUAAUGGGAUUUCUGUUGAAUUAGAUGAUACUUCGGUGUCUGAGGAUCCAAGAUUACACGCUUUCGGUUAUACCAUUGAACAAUUAAAUCUUUUAGUUUUGCCCAUGUUAAAUGAUGGCAAAGAAGCACUAGGUUCUAUGGGCAAUGAUGCACCUUUGGCUUGUUUAUCUGAUCAACCACGUUUAAUUUAUGAUUAUUUUCGCCAACUAUUCGCUCAAGUAACAAAUCCACCAAUAGAUCCUAUUCGUGAAGAGAUUGUCAUGUCUCUUGAAUGUUAUGUUGGUCCAGAAGGCAAUAUUUUAGAAAUCAAUGAACAACAAACUUGUAGACUUGCUUUAUCAUCUCCUAUACUUUCAAUUGAUGAAUUAAAUGCGAUCAAACGUAUGGAUCGUGUUCAACCGGAUUGGGCUGUUACUACAAUUGAUAUUACUUUCCCAAAACAAGAAGGUAUUCCUGGUUAUCUUCUUGCUUUAGAACGUGUUUGUUCUGAAGUCUCUCAGGCUAUUACAGACGGAUUCAAAGUUGUUGUUCUUUCCGAUGCUGCCGUAAAUGCCGAACGUAUCGCAAUAUCUUCAUUAAUUGCCGUUGGUGGUGUUCAUCAUCACCUUGUUAGAAUUAGGCAACGUUCAAAGAUUGCCCUCAUCGUUGAAACUGCUGAAGCACGUGAAGUUCAUCACAUUUGUGUCUUAUUAGGUUAUGGUGCUGAUGCUAUUUGUCCUUAUCUUGUCAUGGAAGCUAUUUUAAAACUUAAACGUGAAAAUGCUAUCAAGAGUGAUUUAUCUUCAGAGAAAAUUAUUUAUAAUUAUAAGAAGGCUAUAAAUAAUGGUAUCCUUAAAGUCAUGUCAAAAAUGGGCAUAUCAACUUUGCAGAGUUAUAAGGGUGCUCAAAUUUUUGAAGCUCUCGGUCUAGAUGAAAGCGUCAUUGCCCGAACUACAUUUGAUAUUCUGGCGUUGGACGCAAUUACUUUCCAUGAACAAGGUUACCCUACACGUGAUACAAUUAUCCCUCAAGGUCUACCAGAAUCUGGUGAAUAUCAUUGGAGAGAUGGUGGUGAGCCUCAUAUUAAUGAUCCGGUUGGUAUCGCUAAUCUUCAAGAUGCAGUACGUUUAAAAAAUCAAUCGGCUUAUGAUGCUUAUGCUCGUAACGCUUAUGAAAAAAUAAAAAGUUGUACUUUACGUGGACUUUUGGACUUUGAUUUUGAUAAUUCAAAAGCAAUUCCAUUAGAUCAAGUUGAAUCUUGGACUGAAAUUGUUAAAAGGUUUUGUACUGGAGCAAUGUCAUAUGGAUCGAUAUCCAAAGAAGCUCAUUCUACUCUAGCUUUAGCUAUGAAUAGUCUGGGCGGUAAAUCAAAUACUGGUGAAGGUGGUGAAGAUCCUGAACGUUCAAUCCCUUUACCAAACGGUGGUUCUUUACGUUCUGCGAUUAAACAAGUCGCUUCUGGACGUUUCGGUGUCACUUCUUAUUACCUUUCUGAUUCUGAUGAAUUACAAAUUAAAAUGGCUCAAGGUGCAAAACCUGGUGAAGGUGGUGAAUUGCCAGGACAUAAAGUUUCUGAUGCUAUAGGGAAAACAAGAAAAUCCACACCUGGUGUUGGUUUAAUUAGUCCACCUCCUCAUCAUGACAUUUAUUCUAUUGAAGAUUUAAAACAACUGAUUUACGACCUUAAAUGUUCAAAUCCUCGUUCUCGUGUAUCUGUUAAAUUAGUAUCCGAAGUUGGUGUCGGUAUUGUAGCUUCUGGUGUUGCAAAAGCUAAAGCAGAUCAUAUCUUAAUUUCUGGUCAUGAUGGUGGUACUGGCGCUUCUCGAUGGACAAGUAUUAAAUAUGCCGGUUUACCUUGGGAAUUGGGUCUUGCAGAAACUCAUCAAACCCUUGUGUUAAAUGACCUUCGUGGUCGUGUCAUUGUCCAAACUGAUGGACAAAUUCGAACCGGACGUGAUGUGGCAAUUGCUUGUUUAUUGGGUGCUGAAGAGUGGGGAUUUGCAACCACUCCAUUAAUUGCUUUAGGUUGUAUCAUGAUGCGCAAAUGUCAUUUGAACACUUGUCCAGUUGGUAUUGCUACUCAAGAUCCCGAACUUCGUAAGAAAUUUGAUGGUCAACCUGAACAUGUAAUAAAUUUCUUUUAUUAUAUUGCUGAGGAAUGUCGUCAAAUUAUGGCAAAACUUGGUUUCCGAAAAAUUAACGAUAUGGUUGGUCGUACUGAUAAGCUUAAAGUUAAUGAAUCUUUACGUAACGCUAAGACAGCAAAUAUCGACCUUACUCCAAUUUUAACACCAGCAUUCACCUUACGACCUGGAGUUGCUACUCAUAAUGUUCUAAAACAAGAUCAUAAACUUUAUAUUAGAUUAGAUAAUAAACUCAUUGAUGAAUCAGAACCUGCUUUGACAAAAAAACAUAAAGUUGAAAUUGAUUGCGGAAUUCUUAACACUGAUCGUGCACUUGGUACUACAUUAUCCAAUCACAUCUCUAAAAGAUUUGGUGAACAUGGUUUAUCCGAUGGUACUAUUCAUGUAAAAAUUAAAGGUUCCGCAGGUCAAUCAUUUGGUGCCUUCUUGGCUUCUGGUGUUACUUUGGAAUUGGAAGGUGAUGCAAAUGAUUAUGUGGGUAAAGGUCUUUCUGGUGGUCGUAUUAUAGUUUAUCCUCCCAAAGUUUCUACUUUUAAAUCCGAAGAAAAUAUUAUUGUUGGAAAUGUUUGUUUGUACGGUGCAACUUCUGGUAAAGCUUUCUUCAGAGGAAUUGCUGCUGAACGUUUCUGUGUACGUAAUUCUGGUGCCAUUGCAGUUGUUGAAGGAGUAGGUGAUCAUGGUUGUGAGUACAUGACCGGUGGUCGUGUUGUAGUAUUAGGUUCAACAGGACGUAAUUUUGCUGCUGGUAUGAGUGGAGGUAUAGCUUAUGUUUUAGAUAUGUUACAAGAUUUUAAAACUAGAUGUAAUACGGAAAUGGUUGAUCUAGAAACAGUAAAUGACCCAGAAGAAGUUUCAUUCUUACGUGGUUUAAUAGAAGAUUAUCGUCAUUAUACUAAAUCAGAAAUAGCUGAUCGAGUACUGAAAAACUUUAAUCAAGUACUUCCACGCUUUGUUAAAGUUAUACCAGUGGAUUAUAAAGCUGUUUUAGAGAAACAAAAACGAUUAGCCGAAGAAGCUCAAAAGGAAAAGGAACAACCACCAUUAUCCCAAAUUUCUGUAAAAGAAAUUGAACCAUCUGUUGUAGAUAUUGAAGAUUCCAUGGUUGAUGAAGAAGCAGCAAAAAAGAGAUCUGAAAUACUUGAUAAAGUUCGUGGAUUCAUGAAAUACAAACGAAAGGUUGAUAAUUACCGAAAUCCUCUUAAACGUAUCAAGGAUUGGAAAGAAAUUAAUGCUCGAUUGAGCGAUUCACAACUUAAAGUACAAGCUGCUCGUUGUAUGGAUUGUGGUGUUCCAUUUUGUCAAUCUGAUAGUGGUUGUCCGAUCGGGAAUAUUAUUCCAAAAUGGAAUGAUCUUGUAUUCAAAAAUCAAUGGCUUGAUGCUCUAAAUAGGUUAAUGAUGACGAACAAUUUUCCUGAAUUUACAGGUCGAGUGUGCCCAGCUCCUUGUGAAGGUGCAUGUGUCUUGGGAAUAAAUGAAUUACCUGUUAGCAUUAAGUCUAUUGAAUGUGCUAUUAUUGACAAAGGAUUUGAAAUGGGUUGGAUAGUUCCUAACCCACCAGCUAUUCGUACCGGAAAAAAAGUUGCUAUUAUCGGAUCAGGUCCAGCUGGUCUUUCAGCUGCGGAUCAAUUAAAUAAAGCUGGCCAUACUGUUACUAUUUAUGAUCGUAAUGACAGAUUUGGUGGACUAUUAAUGUAUGGUAUUCCUAAUAUGAAACUUGACAAAAAAACAGUACAACGAAGAAUUGAUCUUUUGGCACAAGAAGGAAUUAAAUUUGUAGCAAAUGCCCACGUUGGAGUAGAUGUUGAUGCAGCAAAAAUUCGGCUAGAAAAUGAUGCAUUAAUAGUAGCUACCGGAGCUACUUGGCCAAGAGAUUUACCUAUACCGAAUAGGAAUUUGGAUGGUAUUUACUUUGCUAUGGAAUAUUUACAACUUAAUACACAAAGUCUUUUGGAUUCAAAUCUUCAGAAUGGCAAAUAUAUUGAUGCAAAAGAUAAACAUGUUAUUGUUAUUGGUGGUGGUGACACUGGAUGUGACUGUAUUGGUACUGCUAUGCGUCACGGUGCAAAGUCUAUUGUAAACUUUGAACUCUUACCCGAACCACCGGCAAAAAGGGCUAUUGAUAAUCCUUGGCCACAAUUUCCACGAGUGUUUAAGGUUGAUUAUGGACAUGCCGAGGUCCAAAUGCAAUCUGGAAAAGACCCACGCGAAUACUGCGUACUAUCUAAGGAGUUUGUGUCAGAUGGCAACGGGAAAGUAAAAGGUAUAAAUACGAUACGAGUAGAUUGGUCAAAAGACGGGUCAGGACGCUGGAUAAUGAAAGAAAUACCGGGAACUGAGCAAUUUUUCCAGGCAGAUUUAGUAUUUUUAUCCAUGGGUUUCCUCGGGCCAGAAGAUAAAUUGCUUAAUAGUUUAGGAUUAAAAAUCGAUCAGCGAAAAAACAUUGAGACUCCAAAAGGCCGUUAUUCGACUGCAGUUCCUGGAGUUUUCGCAGCAGGUGAUUGUCGACGAGGACAAAGUUUAAUAGUGUGGGGAAUUAACGAAGGGCGACAAGCAGCACGUGAAGUUGACCAAUAUUUAAUGGGUAAUACGAUACUACCCGUAUCAGGAGGAAUUAAACAGC